AGGUCCUCUAAGGUCGGCCUGAACAGAAUCUGGUCCCUGCUCCAGAGUCUGGUGGAUUUGGAUUUGAACCUCAAGAAGCUUGGGUCCAGAUUGUUGGUGCUUAAAGGCGAACCCAGUGAGGUCAUCGUUCGUUGCCUUAAGGAGUGGGAUGUGAAAAAACUUUGCUUUGAGUAUGACACCGAACCAUAUUACCAAGCUCUAGAUGUUAAAGUCAAGCAAAUGGAGGACUUUGAGAUUUCAAACCACUGAGCUUCUCUCUAUUUUGCUUCAAUACCAGAAAUUUUCUUUCCUUUCGGUAAGAACUUCUACUUUCUGUUAAAUUCCAGUUCUUAAAGCUAUUCAAGGUUGUAAUGGAAUGCACUUUUGAUUAUUACGUUUUGGUAAACCCAUGAGGAUGGAUAGGACUGGAAAAGACCAAAGUUCAAUUACUGCACUCCAAGUGUUUGAUGUUAUGCCUCAAAGACAACACCCAAGCUGAACCAGUGGGCUAUUCCAUGAUUUUCGAAAAACCUAUACUUCUUGUUUUACUCUCAGUUUUUAACAGCUUAAAAUAGACUCUUCAAUGAUCAUUUUGAGCUUGGUUUCAAGAAAAACGGAGUUAAAAUGAGAUACUUGUGCUAUUUUGAAGUUACUGCACUGUUUCAGGAUUUCUGCAGAAUCAGCGUUUCUGUCCAUUUUAGAUUCUUGUUUGACCCUCUAUUUGAACUUCGAUUAUGAUGAAACUUUGCAAAAUAGUAGCUUUGCAUGUCUACUUCAAAUCUGGAAAGUUUUGCUUGAAAUCACUGAAAGACUAAUUGUUGGUGAAAUUUUCUUGCUUGUUACCAGUUUUCUGAAAUUUUCUCAAAACUUGCAGCUUAUUGUUACAAACAAUUGAUUUGAGAACCUUUACACUUGUUUUCUGUCCUCGAUCUUCAGUAAGUUAGAUUAGAGAUGCAAAGCAUGCCCUGAAACUUAACUUCAAUUCGAAAGGCUUAAAAAAGGUUUUGUCUUUCUUCGAAAGUGACUACAAACCAGUGUUUUCUAUGCAUUCUGAUCAGAACAUUCUGAUCAAUGCUUUCUUUUCGGAAUAAGCCCACACAUGGUGAAGGCUUGGAAUGGGUGCAAGGCGUUGUAGCUGCUAGCCAAGGACCAAACCAAAAAGUGGAAUUGAAGGACAUCAAAAUUGUUGUGGCACUGAUAGCAAUCGCUCCAAAUUUCAGCCCUUGUCUCUUCCUAAUGUCAAAAAGAGUGCAAAUGGAGAAGCAUAUCAAGACACUCAUUGUCCUAUCUCACUACUUGGAGGUGCAGUCUUUUUCCUCUCCAUUGUCCACCAUACUAAGCAAGCUCAAGACUCCACAACUCCCAAAAGGUUCUUAUUUUGGCAAGGACAAAUCAUUGGAGUUCAUGCAGCUCUGCAUCUAUUUAAGGUUGAUAGAACAUACCUAAUGACAAGUAUAAUAGUUACGGUACAUUUUUAAUUUCAUUUUGUAGUUGAUUCUCCUUUGAUCGGAUAUUAGUUUGUAUACAUAUCUGGACCUAUUCCUGAUUUAUCAGCAAUGAUAACAUUGAAUAUCUUGUAAUACUGCUAUUUCAUUACUUUCUA